AUGCUUGUUCGCAAGUUAUUUAAUCGGCAAUCAUUGGCCAUAUCAUCUUCUAUUCUUGGCCGCUGUAUUUCGACAAGUUCUUAUCGUUUAGGUUCGGAUAAAGAAUUUGUUCAUCGUGAUACACCAAAAAAUAAUCUUGAUAUUAAAUUUGAUUUUACACCUGAAAAUUAUAAACGAGUUCAAUCUAUUCUUGCUAUGUAUCCUGAAGGACACAAAGCAGCAGCUGUUAUUCCAGUACUUGAUCUUGCACAACGACAACAUAAUGGUUGGUUACCAAUUGCAGCAAUGAAUAAAGUAGCUGAAGUUCUUAAAAUGCCACGAAUGCGUGUUUAUGAGGUUGCGACAUUUUAUACAAUGUUUAAUCGAAAUCCAAUUGGAAAAUAUCAUAUACAAGUAUGUACAACAACUCCAUGUUGGUUAUGUAAUUCGGAUGGAAUUUUAAAAACAAUUGAAAAAAAAUUAGAUAUACAUGUUGGUCAAACAACAUCUGAUGGUUUAUUUACAUUAUCUGAAGCUGAAUGUCUUGGUGCUUGUGUUAAUGCACCAAUGUUAUCAAUUAAUGAUGAUUAUUAUGAAGAUUUAACAGAAAAAGAUAUAAGCGAUAUUUUAGAUGAAAUUAAAAAAGAUGGAAAGUCAAAAGCUGGUCCAAGAUCAAAACGUUAUGCGGCUGAACCAUUGGGUACACUCACUUCGUUAACUGAACCUCCCAAAGAACCUGGAUUUAGAUUACGUAAAGAACUUCAAUAA